AUGCACUUCGUUGUGGAGGAUGGAGUGAGUUCCCUUGGCCUCGCUUUUUCCGACAUGCCACCCUCGCCUGUCAUCAUCUCCAAGGCACGGCACACCGAACGUCAGCUUCUCACGGAGAGUUGUCAGGGCUACCAAUGGUUUGACAUCUGCCUGCCAUUUUGUGGCUUGUGA